GUUUAACGGCACCGUGGCUGCUUGUUGUUUCCAUGUCGGUUCAGCGCGGCGCGGAAACCAAACACUGAGUGCGUCAUGACGUCAGGGGGCGUAAACGGAUGCUGUAUUUACGCUCGUUUCCAGACUCCAAAGAGCAAUAUCCCGACUUCCCCUUCAAGAACGGCGGCGUGGCCGGAGCCAUCGAGCUGAAGCGGCCCGUCGGCGCCCAUUGCCACGGCGCCAAGGCCACGGCGUGUGAGGAGAGCGGGGACCGGCUGCUGGCCAGGAAGAAACUCUACAUCGCCUCAGCCGUCUGCCUCGUCUUCAUGAUCGGAGAGGUCAUAGGAGGCUACCUGGCCCACAGCCUGGCCAUCAUGACUGAUGCUGCCCACCUGCUGACAGACUUUGGCAGCAUGAUGGUGAGCCUGUUCUCCCUGUGGAUCUCCUCCAGACCGCCCACCAAAACCAUGAACUUUGGUUGGCACAGAUCAGAGAUCCUCGGGGCGUUCAUCUCAGUCAUCUCCAUCUGGGUCGUUACGGGAGCGCUGGUCUAUUUAGCCAUCGAGAGGAUCGUACGCAACGACUAUGAGAUUGAUGGCCACGUAAUGUUAGUCACCUCCGGCUGCGCCGUCAUCGUCAAUAUAGUCAUGGCCUACAUCCUCCAUCACUCCACCACCUUCCACGCCCACGGCAGCGGCUACCACCAGAUAGACGAGGGCGGCCAGAGUCCCGUCGCUCACGGCCACUCCCACACGCUCCUCGGCGGCCACAGCAACACCAGCGUCCGCGCCGCCUUCAUCCACGUGGUCGGAGACCUGCUGCAGAGCGUCGGCGUCAUGGUGGCGGCCACCAUCAUCUACUUUCGGCCCGAGUACAAAGUUGCAGAUCCCAUCUGUACGUUCCUGUUCUCCGUCUUUGUCCUCUGCACCACCGUCACCAUCCUCAGAGACGUUUUCAGGAUACUGAUGGAAGGCGCUCCUAAAGGAAUUGAGUUUAACUCAGUGAAGGAGGUUCUUCUGUCUGUGAAGGCUGUGAAGUCGAUGCACAGCCUUCACCUCUGGGCUCUGACUCUGGGACAGGCGCUGGUCUCUGUCCACCUGGCCAUAGAGGAGGGGGCUGACGCUCAGUCGGUGCUGCAGGAGGCCACCGAUCUGCUCCACACCAAGUUUGGUUUCCACAGCAUCACCAUCCAGGUGGAGCUCUACUCUGAAGACAUGAGCCACUGCUCCCACUGCCAGGACCCCACUGACUGAUACUGGAGCUGCUUCUGGUACCGGACUGACAGGACUGGACCCAACAGGAACGCAGAACGGCUCAGGCAUUAUUUUUCAUUCUGUGUGUGAGCUGCAGCAGUGACAGCUGCGUUCACUAUGCAGCUUCCUGUUAAAGGAGUAGGAAGAGUUUUUGGUAGAUUUGUUGCCAUUAAAUCACAGUGAAAUCAUCCAUGUGUUGGUGGUAGAGUGGUGACGAUGGAGCUCCGUGCUAAAGUGGAAAUAAGCCUUGCAGUCCUAUAAAGUCC